AUCAACACUGUUUUGCCCCAAACGCCAACCAUUUUUGCCUCACUCACCCAUCACACAUCACACAUCCAGCUGAGAAAGAGAGAGAGAUCGAUCCUCAAAUCAAACUCAAAAAUAUUUCUGCCAACAACAAUCCCAACCCUUUGCGCCAAUCAACGACCCCACACUCAAAUUUCUCUCUCUCUCUCUCUCACACUCCCUUAAACCCACCCCUCUCCUCUUGCCAUGCCAGCUUCUCCUUCAGAGAACCGAACCAGAUGGAGGAAGCGAAAGAGAGAUUCGCAAAUCAGCCGGCGCCACCAGAAGCACGAGGAGGAGGAGGAGGACGACGAAGAAAACCCCAAUGCGGCGGAGGAAGACCACGCCGAACGCGACUACGAUUCGGAGGAUCAGACGCACCACAACCACCCUAAUUCGCAACCGCACGUGGAGGCUGAGGUUCUCUCUGACCACGGCGUUCAGAUUUCGCAGUUCCCCGCGGUGAUUAAGCGCUCCGUGAACCGCCCUCACUCCUCCGUCACCGCAAUUGUUGCUCUGGAGCGAGCCCUCGAGUCCGGAGACAACAAGGCACAAAGCGCCCUCGAUGCUCCGAUUCUCGAGAACGUGUCUCACGGCCAGCUUCAAGCGCUAUCGUCUGUUCCCUCUGAUAACUUCGCUCUCGACUGUGAUUCCUCUUUCGUCAUCACUCCCCCUCCCAUUUUGGAAGGUCGUGGCGUUGUUAAGCGCUUUGGAACUAAGGUUCUUGUAGUUCCAAUGCAUUCAGAUUGGUUUUCGCCUGCCACGGUGCACAGGUUGGAGAGGCAAGUGGUGCCACAUUUCUUUUCAGGGAAAUCGCCGGAUCAUACUCCGGAGAAGUACAUGGAAUGUAGGAACUGCAUUGUUGCUUUGCACAUGGAGGACCCUGGGAUGAGGAUUACGGUUUCUGAUUGUCAGGGUUUGUUGGCUGGGGUUAAUGUUGAAGAUUUGACUCGGAUUGUUAGGUUCCUUGAUCAUUGGGGAAUUAUUAAUUACUGUGUUCGGAUACCAAGUCAUGAGUCUCCCAAUGCUGUGUCUUGCCUGAGGGAUGAGCCGAGUGGAGAGGUCCGUGUGCCGUCGGAGGCUUUGAAAUCCAUAGACAGUUUGAUCAAAUUUGACAAGCCCAACUGUAAGCUGAAAGCAGACGAAAUUUAUUCGUCAUUGACUGCACAUAGUGCCGAUGUCUUAGAUCUGGAGGAUAGAAUAAGAGAGCAUCUAUCGGAGAAUCAUUGCAAUUAUUGUUCUUGUCCUCUUCCUGUUGUAUACUAUCAGUCUCAAAAGGAGGUUGAUAUUUUACUCUGCACUGAUUGCUUUCAUGACGGGAGAUUUGUCAUUGGUCAUUCAAGUAUAGAUUUUGUAAGGGUGGAUUCGACAAGGGAUUAUGGUGAACUAGAUGGGGAUAAUUGGACUGAUCAAGAAACUUUGCUGCUUCUUGAAGCAAUGGAGAUUUACAAUGAGAAUUGGAAUGAAAUAGCUGAGCAUGUUGGUACCAAGUCAAAAGCACAAUGCAUUCUUCAUUUUCUCCGUCUACCCAUGGAAGAUGGAAAAUUAGAAAAUAUUAACGUUCCAAGUUUGUCUUUGUCAUCCAAUGCAAUAAAUAGAGAUGAUAGUGGAAGACUGCAUUGCUACUCAAAUGGAGUUACUGCAGGACCUGUCUAUCAAACCAGAGAUUCUGACCACCGGCUUCCUUUUGCAAAUUCUGGAAAUCCUGUUAUGGCUUUGGUUGCCUUUUUAGCCUCUGCGGUUGGACCAAGAGUAGCUGCUUCUUGUGCCCAUGCAGCGUUAGCAGUAUUGUCAGAGGAUAAUUCUGGCAGCACGUCACAGUUGGAAGCACCAGGACAUGAUAAUAGGACAAAUUCAGAAAGCAUACAUUGUCGAGAUGGUGGCCCUCAUCAAGAAACAGCAGUUUCAAAUCAUAAUGAGGAUAAGGCAAAGGUACAUGGUUCAUGGGGUAUAUAUGAGGGUAGGACAACCCCACUCUCUGCUGAGAAAGUUAAAGAUGCGGCUAAAGCUGGCCUUUCUGCUGCAGCCAUGAAAGCAAAAUUAUUUUCCGAUCACGAAGAACGAGAAAUUCAGAGGUUAUGUGCUAAUAUAGUUAAUCAUCAGUGGCUUGCUGUUAUUGACAGCUGAAAAGAUUGGAAUUGAAGCUGAAACAGUUUGCAGAAAUUGAAACAUUGUUGAUGAAAGAAUGUGAACAACUGGAGAGAACAAAACAAAGGAUAGCUGCUGAUCGGUCCCGCAUGAUGUCAGCACGUCUUGGAACUGUGGGAGCCACACCCACAAUGAAUGCAUCGGGUGUUGGUACUUCAAUGGCUAGUAAUGGCAACAAUAGGCAACAAAUAAUCUCUGCUUCUUCCUCACAACCCAGCAUUUCAGGCUAUGGCAACAACCAACCAGUUCAUCCACAUAUGUCCUUUGCCCCACGACCUUCAAUGUUUGGGUUGGGGCAAAGAUUGCCCCUAUCUAUGAUACAACAAUCACAAUCAGCUUCUUCAACUGCCAUGUUCAAUGCCCCUAGUAAUGUGCAGCCCACUACCAAUCAUCCAUUGUUGAGGCCUGUAUCGGGAACUAACUCUGGUUUAGGUUAAAUAGAGGAGUAGAUUUAAGUUUUGGAACUUAAAAGCUGUAAUCAGAAGUGAAGAGGAAGUUAGGUGGAUGUGCCAAGAAAGUUAUUUAGCCUGUAGAGCCUGUAAUUGGUUGCAGUUGAUUGUGAAACUGUUGCUUAAAGGAAAUAAGUAGCAUUUGAUAUUCCAUAGUUCUUUCUUCUUUCUUUCUUGUGGUCUUUAGGUAUCUUGUAAAUAGAUUAAGGCACAAAUCUUGUUUGGUUAGAUUGCACUAAAACUACUUGGAUGAA